CGGAAAAUAAAACAUAAAUAUGUAUGCAUAAAUAAAAAUUAACCAGAUAAAUAAAUAGAACAAAAUAACCAAAAAAACAUUCAAGACAGCAUGUUUAUUGCACGUGCAAAAUGAUCAUUUGUAAUGGAUUUCUGAAAAUGUAUGAUAGUGAGUGAUGAGCACAAAGGGAAAAUUGCCCCGCGUGGGCACCCGGCGAGGAAGGAGGAGGGAGGAGGGGAGGAGGGGAGGAGGCUCUCCAAAUGCGAGCGGCCGUGGAGGUCCUCCCCCAAGUUCGUACAGUAUUCCCCUAACAGCGUCGCACGUCCACGCGGGAGCGGACUCGGGUCCCCGGAAGAGGACCGGACCCCGAGCCCACCUGGGCCGCGCACCGGGACCGCGCCCGCCACGAACACGGUCGGGAGGGGCGACGAAGACUCGCACGGGGAGCAGCUGAGAAAGGUGCGCCGUUGGCACGUGAAGCUGCAGCCGUGGGCCGGACCGAGUCACUCGCUAGAGGAGGAAGCGAAACGCUUUCUCCGAUACAUCACGACUCCUCAGGUGUCCUGCACAAGUCCCCAUGUGGACCCAGACCGUGGCUGGGCCGUAUGUCUGGACCCGAAGUACGGUCUGGCUCACAGCAUGCGACACAAGAACUGCAGGGUUUACUCUUUUGGGUUGGGGCCGGAUGAGCGGAACCUGGAACGCUACCUCGCGAGGUCCGGGUGCGGGGUCCACUGCUUCGAUCCCGGUUUGCAGCCGGCGCACCAGCAGCGCGACGAAAUGUGGCUCCACCGCCUGUCCUUGGACUGGAGGGAGCCCAACCCCGCUGUCAGCGCCCAGCGUCGGCGGUACGCUAAGAGACUGUCCGCCGUCCUCAACGACUUUGGUCACAGAAAGGUGGAUGUACUGAAAGCGGACAUGGAGAGUGCCGAGUGGAAGAUUCUGGAGAACUUAAUCCUGGAAGGAGUUCUGGACUCCGUCGGUCAACUGCUUUUGGAGGUUCACCUCCACUGGGCGGGUUUCGAGGUGGCGGGGGACGACCCCUCCGUGGUACGCUACUGGUUCAGCUUGCUGAAGGAGCUGGAAAUGGCCGACUUCCGCCUCUUCCGCGUGCACGGCGACCCGGCGCGACCGCGCGUCUUUCUGCGCAAGAACGUCCCGAACGCCAGCGGCGCCUACACCUUUGCUUGGGUGAACACGCGGCGGACCGUCGAAUAA